UCUAAAAGUUCAUAACAAGUUGCCAGUUUCCAGCCGGUAUAUAAAAGGGAGCCCAGCAUAGGAACAACGCAGAGUGGACGACGUGUAGGUGAGGUGAAGUUCGCAGUUGUAUUCUCCUCUAUCAGUCACAAUGGCUUGUCCAACGCGGUGGGGCAUCGUCAGUGCCGGCUUGAUCUCUUCUGACUUCGUGGCGUCCCUCAAAGCACUGCCUGUAGACGAGCAUCGAGUGGUGGCGGUGGCAGCGCGAAGUCUGCCGUCUGCCAAGGCGUUUGCUGCCAAGCACGGAAUAGAGAAGAGCUACGGGUCUUACUCAGAGUUGGCAGCAGAUCCUGAUAUCGAUGCGGUGUACGUUGGCGCAGUGCAAACCAAACACCUUGAGGUGGCAUCACAAAUGUUGCGGAGUGGCAAACCUGUGCUAUGCGAGAAACCCUUGUGCAUGAAUGUACGGGAGACUCAGAAGCUGUUGGACGUGGCCCGUGAGAGCAAGGUCUUCCUGAUGGAGGCCAUCUGGUCGAGGUUCUUCCCGGUCUAUAAAGAGCUCGGGCGGAGGAUUAAGGCAGGCGAGAUUGGCGAUGUGGUGCAGGUGAUCGCCAAUUUCGGCAGGAACUUGCAGCACUUUCAAAGAUUGCAGACAAAAGAAACAGGAGGCGGAGUAACGCUGGACAUUGCCCUCUACCCCAUUCAGCUGACGAGCUUCGUGAUGGGCGGUGAGCGUCCCAUCAAGAUCUUGGCUGGGGGACAUCUUAAUGCUCACGAAGUGGACGAGACGAUCGGUGCUACUCUGGUGUACUCCAAGGGACGCGUUGCCUCCAUCGCUGCUUCUAUGAAUGUUGAUCUGCCCUCGGAAGGUUUCAUCAUCGGCACAAAAGGAACUAUUAAGAUUCCUUUCCCUGUCUGGUGCCCUGAGCAUCUGGAGGGACCAUCCGGGAACUUCAAGGCGCCCCUUCCCAAAACUGGAGAAACGUUUAACUAUGAUAACAGCCAGGGACUCAUGUACGAAGCGAUGGAGGUGCGUCGCUGCCUGAAGGAAGGACUUUUGGAGAGCCCUGGGGUGAGCCACGCUGAGUCCCUGACCAUUGCAACCAUCAUGGAGGCAGUGCGCACCCAGGUGGGCACCGUGUAUCCACAAGACUUUCAGUAGAGAGGCCACUGCAGCAGGUGAUACAGCCUGCCCAAGAAUCGUAUGCUGUAGAGCUCAUGUACGAAUAUCUCGAAUUCUUUUUUUCCUCAGUGAGGCACGAAGCUUGACAUGAUUUGUGGAAUAUUCCAGCCUUUUUCAGGCAAUUAUAGGACUUAGUGUUGCCGAUAGAACAAGAAUAUGAGCAAAAAAACAAUGAUUGUAGCACUGCUUGUUAAGCUUUAAAGUCAUUCUCAAGCACUAAUGGGUUAACUGUUAUUGUCUCUGUCGUUAAGUAAAAAAAAAAAAAAAAAAUAAAUAACCUAAAGGAAACGAAAUGAAGAGUAAUAAUUGUUUAGACCUUAAGUCAACAUUCUGCUGUCAUCGUUUGUUUCGUGAAGUAUAAAAAAGAAAACUAAAACCUAGUGAAUAAUACUGUAAUGAUUGUUUAAGUUUUAAGUCAGUGUUUGGCACCAAGCGUGUGGCUGUUGUUCGUCUCGUGAAAUAAAGAAAAUGAAGCCUAA